GGCAGCUGCAGUCAUACCCACUUGGGAGGGUUUUUAAAUAAAGGAAAUUAAUAAUAGCUUUUCUUUUACACCGUUUUGCUUUCUUUUGACAUAAAAACAUCUCUUUUACGCGUUUGUCAUGCGUAAAAAGUAACUUUAAACAGAAGUGAAUAAUCUUCAGUUUCUUUUCAUCGCAAUACCCCUAAUAUAUGUUAAAAGGACGCUUUUCCUGUUUUAUAUCUAGAGGGAUUUACAGUAGGAGUCCGGAGUUAUUAUGCAAACUAUACGAAAUCGUACGGUGUUCCUUUUAAUAAAAGUGUUUUGUUUUUCUUCCCUAUUGCUUUGCUAUCUUCGAGGUCACAGAGUUCAGCCGCUGUUUAAUGCACCACUCUAGUAGCCUAUAAGCGGUGAUGUAUCCAUGUUAAAGACACGGUUUACUGCCCGGUGGGAGGCGCACAAGCACUUCUAGGCUUUGUCCGUGCCCUGUAAACACAGUGACGGUGCAGACGUGCUGCUGAACGGAUCUCGUUAGACAUUUAACACGUCGGCACCGGAUCAAAUUAAUGUUUGUUAGUUUUUUUGUUGUACCGGUGGAGCGUGUUUCCCUCUCGGCGAGGUUUUUUUUGCCGGUUCGUGUAUGGGUGCCAUUCUCUACGUGCUGCCUGCCACGCUUGAUAUCUCCCAUCUGAAGGGUCGGAUCUGCACCGAAACCCACAGGGAAAGUUUACAUUCUCAUAUGGCUGCAGGACAGACUUGGCGUCCACUUAAAGCCCGCGUGUGGAGGCUGUUUCUCCGUGCGUAAUAAUGCGUAAAAGGCAAAAGGACGACUUUUUUCAUGUAAGACCACCAAAUCUCCCCGAUGGCUCCACAGCAGUAACUGCACCACAGGGAGCAGAUCCACUACCCGUGGGAGCCGCUGGAGCCUCAGCGCAAACCUCCUGUCCCCCCGAUUCCCCCGGAGGAGUAGAGCCGGCCUCGCCCUCCGUGUGCAGAACCAGAGCCGGCUCCCCAGCUGCGGACAGCCUCGACGUCUUUCGGAAGAGAUCUAUAUUCAACUUCAAUCGCCGCACAUCCAGUGGAUAUUUCUCCUUAGAGGGAGACUCGCUGCCGGGUUCCCCGCUCUCCCCUAAGGCAGUGACGGCUGACCGAGCCACGCAGACUCCGAGCCCCACCGGACAGGUGCUGAAACACGCCCUGCAGCGCGUGGCUGAGGCGCACGGGGGUGGACCCGGGACGCGCGUGCAGCACGGACGAUCUCUCAGCCCCUCUAGCACGCAGCAACGAAACCCAGCAAGGGACAUGCAGAGGGAGGAAGUCGGACGAGAGCUCCGACGCAUUGGAGACGAAUACAACAGAUAUCUACUGCUCAGGCGUGAGGCAGAAAGACUCAGACGACAGGUAGUGAUCCAUCCCAACCCGCUGCCUCACAUCCACCAGGAGCACGCCGCGCUGCUCUGCAUGGGCCUCCUCUUCCUCCUGAUUGGACGGAUCAUCUACCUUCAAGGAAGUGCCAACUACUCUCAGGUUUAACCCCUCGGAAAAUCAGCAGACGUAGCAUGAUGUUUCCUUGUGGGAUCCUGAUUCCUACCCUCUUUCCUCCAAGGAAGAAGGAGACUUUUGACAGUCGUUAUUUAAAAGGAGACGAUUGGUUAGUACCUUUAAUGAACUCUAAUAUGCCCGGACUUUCAUUUUUUGUCUCUUUGUCUUUGCGAUGCCACCAAAGAGCCACGAUGUUUUCACUCCUUUCCAGCGCAGAUGUCGUCAUGCCACCAAAAUAUGCCUCUCUGCGAGAUUACGCCUGUGGAAAUUCAAAUGUGCCUUUUUAAAGUUUCCUGUUUACUCUUUUAGCUUCUUUUAAGUUUUUUUUUUUUAAUGGACAGAGAUUAUGAAUUCCUCAAGUGAUCAACUCUGCAGAAGUUGUUAAAGUUUGUGAGUCCAAUCUGCAGACUUUUCCCAAUCAUUCCCCCUGGUUUCAGUCCGGGAAAAAUUAUCUUGCACUCCUGUCCCAUCAGGAACCAACAUGCAACAUACCAACAACCUCUGUGGAAACCAAUUGGGCCAAAGUGAUUGUUUUUAUACAAACGACCGUGUCAUUUUUACGUUUUGUUACCGUGAAUUACGUGUCUGCUUAUGUCGUAUUUCAACCACAGAAAUGAAUAGUGUCCUGAUAAUUUGAGUACUGAAUGAUGAAGGUGUUGACAAGUGUUGAGAUCUCAUGACAUGUGUUUUAAACCCCAUUCGGACAGGGCUGAGGUUAGCUGGGUAAUACAGCAUUCUUGAUUGUAAAAAAACGGAACAAAGCGAUAUUUUCUAGCAAAAAUACACAUUUGGGACUGAACAAUAUAUAAAAAUUACCCAUGGUUCCUCAGAAAUGAAUCCUGUCCGACUGCAGCUUAAUACGGCAUGUGUGUCAUCAUUAAUAAUAAGGGUCCAUGUUAUUUUGUGUGUCAUAUUUCAACACCCUGGGUCUGAGUUUUUUGGCUAGCUAAUCUGUAAUCAGGAAUAUUAUCCCUUCAAUGGUACUUUAAAGCGAUGCACCAUCCUAACGCUCUUUUAAAGAAAGGUGAAAACACAUUUCUUUGCAUUUCAGACAUUUCCCUUUUUUUUAUCCAUGUGUUUCACGACUACUUAAACAUUUUACAAUUUACUGUACCUGCCAAAAAAAGUUUUUCCCUGAGUUUUGUUCAGCUUAAACAAACAAAGACAUUGGUUUUAGAAAGAUAAUAACCUUGGCAAUAAGCCUUCCUCUCUCUCUGUAACCACUAUCGGUCCCUACCUCUCUCAUUUCAGAAUCCUUUUUAUCACCAAAUGCAGUCAGUGUGGAUGAAUUCUUAACAAGUGUCAAAAGCAUUACUUUCCAAAAUGGUUUCCUUCUGUGCUCUGGUUGUUUUCAGCAUUAAAAUACAGGAUUUGCACGGGAAUAAACAAAAGCAGACUGCUUGUUAUUACAGUCAAUUUAUUUGAGUAUUUGUUACUUCGCUGCGCAGUUAGAGUGAGACUCAAAGAGUUGGUUAAAGAACAAAAUCGUUAAUGAAAUUAAGUGAAUCGUUUAGAUCUUUCAACAGUGUAAUUUCCCGCAGUCUUGUUUACUUAUUGUAUACGUUUUUCCAAUUGCAAUCCAUAUUUAGAAUUUGAUACUCUACUGUAGGUAAUUUUCUAUAAUAUAGUUAGUGAUCAAACAGUACUGUCUUUCUUAGUUUGAGCCUCUGGAUUGAACAUCAGCAGCCUGACUGAGUGCAGGUGAACGUUUUGGUUUCUUAAUAAGGUUAUGUGAUCCGUUUAGAAGCCCAGAGAUUCAGACCUGGAAGAAAACCAAAACUUUAAUCCUGCUUAAUCAAGAGGUUUGUCAGUUAAUAGUUAUCUAAUAGUAACAUAUUAAAUAGUAUACAGGCUUUAGAUUAAAUACAUGUAUUCUUAUAUUUUAUAGGUUCUGUUGUCCUGUGAAAAGUAGGCCAUUGUUUGUUUUUUUAGUUAUUUGCUUUCUAAAAUGGUUGUUACCACUUCAGCUGAACCAGAACAAUAAUUAACAAAUGAAUCGCCGAGUAGCUUGUGAAAUGUGCUUAUGCAAAAAUAUGAAAUGUCUGCUCUUUUGUUUGCACACAGCUCUGGAUUUCCUCUCAUUGGAGGAUCAUUACAUGAUUUUUCGGUAAAUCUGAACAAUGUUAAGUAUUUUUGUGCACGAAAAAGACAUUCUUAAGCACCUUAAAAUAGCAUCAGUGCUUUAAUUCAGCUUGAUGAUAGGGAAGCAGCGGCCCUGCUCUUUUUGGAGAGAAGUAAACUAGAUAGUAGUAGUAGCCAAUUCAUCCACAUCUUCAUCAAUGAAGCUAUAUUUUUUAAACCAAAACACAUAGUCUGAAAACACUUCUGAUGGUUACAGUGGUUAUUUCCUGCUUUCCAUCUGGAGACAGUAGUUUUCACAUAUUGGUGCAACAGAAUCAGACAAAAUAUGAGAUUAAUACUCAUUAAGAAGAUUUGCAAACAAUAUUUUAAGGUUUUUAUGAGGGUAAACACUUCCAAAAUAAAGACUAGCUGAUUAGUUUUAGCAAUAUUUCCCACUUCAGUCUAAGAUCAGUGCACGGCUGCUUCCCUUAGCUCUUCUAUUGACACAUCUUGGACUUUUUCCAAUAUGAGGCGACCCAUAACCCCCUCUGGUUUUGAUCUUCCCAUUGAGCUGCACUGUGCAUGGAUGUAGUGUGAAUGUUGACCAAAGAGAUUUGUGCAAACCUAUUGUUUUCUCUGUCAUUUUUAGAUGGUACAAAUGAACUGUCAUCUCAUUCUCUGACAUACUGUCCGUUGUAUUAUUACAUAAAUAACAUCUGCUGCAGCGGGGGCUCCAGUCUAAAAAUUGAAAUGUAGUUUGCUGUUUUGUCAAAGAAGCAGUUUCAAAGAUAACUGAGUAUAAUAUUAACCCCACUUAAGUGUUUAAAGCUUCAAAUGAGUGUUAGCAGCACUAAAGAUACGUUGUUACAUGAGUUGGAUUAAAUCUUCCUAAACAAAUUAGAUGUUGCCCGUCCCUGCGAGGAAUCAGAGCCAAACACAAUCGAUAACCAAAUUCCUCUCCGUCCCUGUUUGAGUCUCGUGUUUGCACAGUUGUGUCAACACGAAAUGCAUGAAGUGUGAUCCUGGCUUUCAUCGUCUUCAAACUCUCAUUUCAAUAACUCUCUCAUCCAUUUAAUCUCAUGUUUUAACAGUGUUAAAUUAGCGGUUCAGCCACAACGUUUCAUUUUCAAACAGUCAGGCUUUCUGUUCUGUAGCUGAAGCAUGUCGCAUUUGUUAUUGCACACAUAAUACAAGUGUUAAGAAGUGGAUAACCUCAACUGAGAAAACUGCUUUGUACAGAUUCUUCAAAGUCAUCCACUCAUGACAGUCUCGCCCUAAUUGUGUGUUAAGGUGAUUAAACUUUAGUUAUCAUUCCUAUUUAGAUGGAACAACUACAAAAAGAUGCAAGAAAGUGACCCAAAUGGCCACAAAAAGAUAGAAACCCAUCAAAAGAGAGACACAAUAAAGACUCAAAUGGAUCCCAAAGAGAGAAAAAUUUGAACAUAAAAAGUCAAAAUGACCAGUUUUAUGCCAUCUCAUAAUCUGUCUACAUCAGUCUUUUAAAAUAGUUCAAUAAUAGCAGCUCUUUUAUUGCUAUCAUUUGAUAUCAGAAUAUAUACAAUUGUUUAUUUGACAUUCAUUCAAUCAAAGCCACUUCCGUCCAUUUUUCGUCCAUUGGUUACCGUUUAAAGCGUGAAUCUUAAGCCAAAUAAGGUAAAUGUAUUGCGUUGUGAUUAUUUACUCUUCCCCACACUGUAUGAGACUUGUUUCUGUUUUAUUCCCUUCUUAUCAUGAUGCUUUUAUUGCUGUAAAUGCGUCUCAGGCUCGUCUUCCUAUGCAUCAAAUUUAGCCGCUUUGCUUUUCCUCCGCUGUGACUGCACUUUGAAUUCUGAUAUCGGGCCAUGUGAAACCUCAGUUUGAAUCACUGUAUUACAGCGGGAGUGUGAGAGGAGAGUAUGGCAGGGAGGAAACCAAAAGAUGAAUUACCGUCUUCUGAAACUGAUAUGGAAACCUGGUGAUGUGUUGAAUCACUGCCUGUCUUUUGAAGGUGUUACAGCUCAGAUGCUUUUCACGGUUUUACUGACUGACAUUGACACUGGCCGCUUCUGCAAAUCACGCUUUGAGCUUUUAGGAUUUAUAGACCAGCAGAAGUCUUUUAUCUAUAGACAUUUAUAUGCACUAUUUCUUUGUUUAUAAUUAUAAUUAAAUGUACAGUAUGGAAAAUAGGGAAUCCAGGGGUACUGUGGUGUGAAACGCUUAACUGAAAAUGCUGUACAGAAAUGCAUCUGUUGGAGAGUGUUUAUGCAGAAAUGUACAAAUCUGAAUGACUCCAAAUGACCCAGUACAUCUGUAGCAACGUGUGUUUUUCAUAGUGUUAUUUACACUGAAAAUAUUGUAAUAAUGUUUUUUUAAUUGCUUCCAAUGUAUUGAACUGUAAAUAAAGGACUUUGUAAAGCAGGA